UCUACAAAUCACAGGAAACCCUCACCAUGCAACUCCAAACCCUCCUUCUGACCACCGCCUUCCUCAGCGCCUCCGCCCUCGCCGCCCCCCAGGGCGACAUCGUCGGCAGCAUCGUGUCGGGUGCCGAGGGCAUUGCGCAGACGGUGGCCUCGGGGGCCGAGAACGCGGCGACCAACAUCGUCUCGGCGGCGACCUCGAUCGCCAGCGCGGCCGAGACGGGCGGUGCGGCCGCCGCCUCCGACGCCCGCUCCUGGGGUGAAUCGGUUGCCUCUAACGCCGAGUCCUACGGGCAGUCGGUCGCCUCCGACGCGCGGUCCCGGGCUUCCGACGUCGCGUCCAAGGCUUCCUCCCGCUGGGACGACCUGACCACCCUCACCGGCACCAACGGCGAGGCCACGGCCACCUCGACCGUCUCCGGCGGGAACACCGCGACGGUGACCACGGCGACCGCCACUACGACCGGUACCACCUCCACCACUGGUACGUCGACUGGCAGCAGCCGCAGCAGCAGCAGCAGCACGGCCUCGACCUCCAGCUCCGAGGGCGCGGGUGUCCAGGCCACUCCCGCUGCAGUGUUGGGUUAUGGCAUCGCCGGCGUGGCGGGUGUCUUGGGAGUGAUGGCUGCUUUGUAAGGUGCGGAGUUGGCUUGACCACUUCAGGGGUCACUUUCUGGCUUGUUUUCUAUUCAGGAGAUCACGAUUGAUCCAGGUUCCCUUUCUCCCUUUCUUUUUCGGGUGGACUGUACAUGACACUAUUCAACAUACCAUCGUUCAUAACUAUAUCCCCGCGUUGUCGCUUUCCUUUUUUUCUUUAUCGCAUGUUUCAUAAAUAGCAUUCAGUCCAUAGAACAAUGCUUCUUUU